UCCCAACAACCGGACUCCGUCACCCAUCACCCGACGCACCUCCCUUCACGACGCGCCACCGUGCGCAACACCAACACACUACAAUGUUGCCCCUCGGCUUGCUCAACGCCGCUCAAGGCCACCCCAUGCUCGUCGAGCUCAAGAAUGGCGAGACCCUCAACGGCCACCUCGUCCAGUGCGACACCUGGAUGAACCUCACCCUCAAGGAGGUGGUACAGACGAGCCCGGAAGGUGAUAAGUUUGUGAGGUUAAAGGAGGCCUACGUCAAGGGCAAUAACAUCAAGUACCUACGCGUGCCCCCCGAAAUCAUCGACAAGGUCAGCGAGUCGCAAAAGGGCCAGCAGGGAGGAUUCCGCGGUGGCCGGGGAGGUGGUCAGUCAAGAGGCGACCAUGGCGGCGGUCGCGGCGGCGGCGACCGCGGAAGGGGAGGCCGUGGCGGCGGGAGGGGCCGCGGAAGGGGCCGUGGUCAAUGAUGGCGUUGUUCAGUUGCUGGAUUUUCGAGGCAUUGAGCUGAGCUGAGCUAUAAUGCGGCCAAGAUUGGCUGCAGGCGAUGGGUCAUACUACAGGGUAUGCACGACAUAGAAGGGGGGAGUCACGGACGACUUGUAGGAUUUUUCUGCUUUUGAACGCCUAUCUAUAUACCCUGUAUGAGAGCAUCUUAUAGGGUUUACAACCCGAUCCUGCAGUGAGUCCUCCCUGUUAACAAAUCGCGGGCGGUUGGCGGUCUCGCGACUAGACUGCGGCGGGAGCGUAAUCGAUGACACCUAAUGGGAGGGUGACAGCCGUGGCUAAGUCGCCUUGAAAUUUCAUAUCACUGCAAUCGAGAGCCCGCGAGCCUGUUUGAGC